UUUAUUAUUAAUUAUAGCAUUGUUUUUAUUGUUUAUCCGAUCGAAAAUCAUCAAUCGAUUAGUUUUGCUUCAUUUCUUUACAUAAGCUUUGUUCAUCAGAAGUUACUGUUAUUUAGAACAACUCAUUCCAAACAUUGCCUUGUGAAAUGCUGUUCAUUUCCAGGGCACAAAUGGCGGAGAAGAGCAGAACAACAGCUGUAAAAGAAGAGUACGUAGACUUGGCAGAUUUAGAACAGCUGGACUUAUGGUUAGAAGAUCUGACGGGCAUGUUUGAUAAGGCAUUUGAUGAUUCAGGAAAUUCUUCUGUGUUGAUAAACAGAGUGCCCAUGUAUCUCAAGGGUUUAAACAGACAUGCAUAUGAGCCCUGGGUAGUCUCUUUGGGUCUUUUUCACCACAAGAUAUCUCACCCACUCUCCGAAAUAGAGUUAUACAAAGUAAAUGCUGUAAAUCGAUCAUUGAAAAGGCUGCCCCAAAACAAUCAGGACGCACGCUUCUUAGUGGAUGGACUGCAGCCCUUGGUUCCAAAAAUUAAAGCCAGUUAUGAAGGAAAAGAAGAGUGUGACGAAAAAGUCCUUGCGUGGUUGUUCACUCUAGAUGGAUGCUUCCUUCUAGAGACUCUCAGGCUUCUCAGCGAUGAAUCGCAAUGGAACCACAAUGGCGAUUCUGGAUGGAACCUCAAUGGCGAUUCAGGAUGGAACCUGGAUCCCGUUUUCAAUAGAAACAGGGUCCAGUCUUGUCAAUUUGAUAUCUUUACUGACCUGCUGAUGCUAGAAAAUCAGGUUCCCAUAGUCGUCCUCAUUCAGCUGUUGGAAAUGGAGGAAAACUUAACAGAAGACACAGCAAGGACAGAGCUGCUUAGAAUGAUAUGCGAUGGUAUAAUUGCCUUGGCUCACCCUUUCUCAUAUCAUCUGCAGCCAAAAACAGGGGAAACAGAAGCAGAGCACAAAGAACGCGAGGCAAAAUUGAAGGAAGAUCUAAAGUUAAAGUAUACGGAUCUGAAGCCAUACGAUCACAUUUUGAGUUUUUUUCAUGAUUUCAUUGUGUACGAGUCCAAGAGUAUCCAUGAAGGCAAAAAGAUAGAGGAUGGUCGUGAUGUUCGUGUUAAUCUUCUUCAUCGUCGCGGUCAAACAACACUUCAUAAACGUAAAAAGGAGUAUCUAAUGGCUUCUGCGACUGAGUUAUACGACAACGGAAUGAAGUUUAAGUCGUACGAGGGAGUUCCGUCCAUCAGGUCCCUCCGUUUCGACAAAGAGAAGAAGACUCUGUUUCUCCCUGUGAUAUGGAUAUCUAAUGCUACAGAGCUGAUCUUCAGGAAUCUCAUGGCUGUGGACAUCUGCCAACAAAAGAAACUCACCAUUAUUUCAGAGUAUGUGUUUCUGAUGAAUAGUUUGAUCCAGUCUGAGAAGGACGUGGUUUUGCUGAGGAAGAAGGGAAUAAUUCAGAGCUCCGUUGGAACUGAUAAGGAAGCCAGUGAUAUGUUCAACGAUCUAUGCCGAGGGGUUAAUUUCACUUUUGCUGAUGAAGAUGAGUUUUCUGAAUUGAAGUCUGCUGUUAAUGACUGGUACAAACACCAAGCUAUGGUGAGAGUUAGAGGGUUUAUGGAUAGGAAUCCAAAGUUUAUGAAAGCGUUCGCUAUGUUUUGGGGAGUUGUUCUAAUAUUGGCAGCGGCAGCGCCCUCAGUUGUACAGAUAAUGAAACAAUUGUUUCCCAGCAAGUAAGGAUAUAUAGCUAAGUGAUUAGCAGAACCCAAUACAUAUUUAGAAGAUGAAUGUUGCGGUCUUAAAAAGUGUACCUAUGAGCAGCAUUUAGCUGCUCAUAUUUCAUAAAAUUCACUGUAGUUUUGAAGAGAUAUUUGUGUAUCUUCAUACAGGGAAAUAAGAUAAAUGUAUUGAGAGCUUAAAUAAAACGGCGGUCGUCUCUCUUUAUAAUU